UUUGUCGUCGUGAGCGCGUGAGCGGUUGUUCACUCCUUCUGAGCUAACACAGCACCCAACUCAACAGCAUCCUGCCUUCCUUUUUCCUUCAGGCUCAUCGGUCUGAAGUGUGAGAGUGCUUGAAAAUCGGGUCCAGGCCUUUUAUUUCAGGAACAAAGGGCCAGAGUGCUUCGGAGUGGCGCCAGGGAUAAGACAACCGGCCGCGGGUGUGGUCCCACCGCCCUCUGCCCACAGCAGGCAGGUGCCUGUUGUGCCAAGCACCGAGGUUUUACCACAGGCACGCCACCGCCGUGAGGCUUUGCUCGGGGUGCAAGGAUCUGUGGUGUAGGAAUCGCCAAUAGCGAACUGCCCAGGAGGAAUCAUUCUUGCGAGGGAGCGCAAAGCAGCAGCAGACGCUACAGCAGCAGCAGCAGCAGCUGAGAGAUGGAGGGCUCGGGGCCGCGGCUAUCAGAUGAGGGGCACAAGAUCUACCGGAUUCGGCAGACGUGCAUGAAGAUGCUGGAGAAGCGAGGCUACAACGUGCUGCAGGAGCACGUGUCCAUGACGUCGGAGGCAUUCUUGCAGCAGUACGGGCCCGAGCCCAACAGACACGACUUGACGCUGCUGGUAGAAAAGGUAGACGACCCGAUGGACCAGAUCUUCGUCUUCUUCCCCGACGACGAGAAGGUCGGUGUGAAGCCCAUCAGAAGCUACUCGGAGAAGAUGCUGGAAGAGGAGGUCAAGAGGGCCAUCAUCGUCAUCAAGGGCGGCAUUACUCCGUUCGCUAGGUCCGCCAUUCAAGAACUCUGCGCCCAGCGAGAGGUCCAGGUAGAGGACUUUAAGGACGCGGAGCUCAUGCUGGACAUCACGGAGCACACGCUUGUGCCGGAGCACCAGGUGCUCUCAUCGGAGCAAAAGGCAGAGCUGCUGAAGCGAUACAAGCUGAAGGACACCCAGCUGCCCCGGAUACAGUCGACAGACCCGGUCGCGAGAUUCUUCGGAAUGCAGAAAGGGCAAGUGUGCAAGAUCACACGACCUAGCGAGACGGCAGGGCGAUACGUGACCUACCGCCUCUGCAUUUAGUUGUGUGUUUUUCUGAUUUGAAUGUUAAAAAAGGCUCCUGUCAACUUCAUCCAGCUGUGCGUGUGCGAACCAUUGUAGGUCGUUGUCGGUGCAACACGUAGACAAGCCCCGGUCUGGCGGUGGUUUGCAAACCAACCCGGGAACUGCAGAAAGGGCGUGCGUUGUCUUCACCGACUGCUGUUGCAGGGCAAGAAAAAGACGAAUGCUACGGGCGGCACUUCAGAAUGUACAAUGCGUUGUUGUGGUGUAGCAAAUUGUGUUGACAGGCAUGGUUUUCUUUUUGACGGUCUUUGUCGAGAUUAUGGUUGCGCCGCUACUUUGCUCGGCCAAUCAGUAUCGAGCCUGGCUGCGAGUGUGGCGCACCCGCUCGUCUCCGUUGGACUUUGGCGCAGCUUUGCUCCGCCUUGUGCAGCGUCGCACAGGAUGCGGUUGGCAGCGACUGCAGUCCUCCGUUGUUGUGGUGUCAAUAACUUGCUUGGUAACGUAACGACUUGAAAGGUACCUCCCCGCGUGUUUCUGGCAGGCGAGUUUGCACCGUCCACAUUGCUUCAUGAAUCUACGCCGGUUGAACACCCGUGGACCCCACGUUCAGCUCGAAACAUCCCUCAGAUACCUUGGGCUGUGUUAAAACAGAUGCGCCGCCGGCGGAAACACUGGGAAUACCGA